UUUUUGCAGACGAAGCAAAGAACCAAACUUUCUUCAUCAAGAAAUAAUUUUGUUUAAAUUUAUUAUUUUAAUUAAUAGAUUUUUGUGUAUUUUAAACUAAUUAUGGACCCCAAACAUGUUAAACAAACAUUAAAAGAAGUUCGUGAUGCAAUUAAAAAUGGAAAUAACUCCUUAGCCAUCGAUAAAUGCCAGGAACUUCUUAAAGCUGAUCCAAAGAAUUACAUGGGUCUUAUAUUACUAGGAGCUGCAUAUCAAAAUACUGAUCAAAAACAAGCAGCUUUUCACUUACGAAAAGCAGUAAGCUGUUCAACAACACCCACAUUAGCUUUGCAGGGACUUGCAAAUUGUGCUCCAAAAGAUGAAUUGCCUGAAAUUUAUGAACAACUUCUUGAUCAUGUUCCUGAAAAAUCAUGUGAAUACUACGAUAAAAUCUCAUCACUUAGUCUAGCUACUCCCAAAGUUGCCCAAAAAUGCGUUCAAAUCUUGAAGAAAGCGGCUCUGGCCGCUGAAACAACAGACACCAAACGUUCAUCUCAUAUCAAUUUAGCCAAAAUCUGGGUUACCCAAGAUGAAGUCGAUGAUAAUGAUAUAAACCUAUUUAAAUCUUGCCUGGAAGUAGCCAUAAACGAGAGCGACAACAACGAUCCAAGUAUCCAACUGAAAAUCUUUCAGAGAUACUUAAAACUCCUCUACAAACAAAAUGAUUUGGAGAAACUCUUAAAAAUGUCAGAUCACAUGUUUAAUUUUUUUCCCGAAGAACUUUGUCCUCUGGAAUGGAUUUGUAUGGUUUAUUGUGAGAAUUACAAAACCAAUUCGAGUAUUCUGUCAGCUCUCGAAAUGCCAAUUGACUUUUAUGUUGAGAAAUUGGAAAAUCUUAAUCCCAAGUCAAGUUUAGCUGUUCUCAUAAGAGCCAUAAAGGCAUAUGAAUUUGAACAGAUGGUUCAAGCUAGAUCUUUACUCUUUCAAGUCAAUCAAAUUCAACCAGGCUAUAAGGUGGCACUUCAAUUAAUGGCCAAUACUGAAAUGCAAAUUGGAGCUUAUAUCAUAGCUAUACCAAUUGUGCAGAGUUUAGGUUGGACAAAAGAGUAUGGGAUUUGUCUGUCACAUUCCAGUUGUCCAGAUGAUUUAAAGAAAGCUAUAGAAGUGCUCGAAAAACUUGAUCACAGCGAGGAAGAUGUUUUAGAUUCUUUAGCAAGAUGCUACCAGCGACUGGGUGAGGAGGAAAAACUCCAAGAGCUGCAACUGCCACCUUUUCUCGAAAUCAAAUACAAGUUAUCUCCAAUAGAAGGCUUGGAAAAGUUGCAGACUUUCGAAGAUCAGGAAUGUUACAAAGUUCUCUUGUUAAAGGCACAGCUGAAUAUUAUGGUUCAGAACUAUGAUUCUGCUUUAAUAUGCAUGCUGAAGGCAGCACGGUUAAGACCAUACCGAGCUGAAUGCUUUGAGAAUUUGGGAAAAAUCUAUAUGGCUUUGAAGGACCAAACAAGAGCUAUUAAGUGUUUUGAAAAAUGCACUUGCUUAGAUACACUUAAUCAAACAGCAGUUAAUAUGUUGAGUUCAAUAUAUUUAGAAUCUGGUGAAGCGUUUUAUGAAAAAAAUCUAACACUUCUUUUAACUGCUUUGAGCAAGUGUCCAACUGGAUUGCUAAAAUGGGUGCAUUUCAAAUUAGGAAUGCAUUAUUUAACUGUAAAGGACUUUGAUGGAGCAAUUAAUUCGUUUAGGGAUUCGAUAAAAUUUGAUAUUUCUGUAAUUGUAUCUUGGGAGUGUUUGGGUGAUGCAUAUAAAGAACGAGGAUCAUAUAAUUCUUCUUUGAGAGUGUUUCAAAAAAUUUUGGAACUUGAUCCAGGGAAUAUCUAUGCAAAGUUACAAGUGGCAUUGAUUAAUAUGAUCAUUCGAAAUUAUGCAGAAGCUAUUGAAAAAUUUGAUGAACUUCUUACGGAUCAUCCGGAUUAUCUGCCUGGCUUAAAAGGCGCUGCUGAAUCUCACAUUGGACUUGCAAAUAACCUUAAACUUGAAAAGAGGCUUGGUCGUUCAAAAUAUCAUCUUCAACAAGCUGUUAAAUAUUUAGAAAGAGCUUUUAUAAUUUGCAAACAAGAUAUGGUCUGGUUAUGGCGGCUGACAGCGAAUACAUUCGUCCAAGUCGCAUUACUACCAACAUCCAAAGCUCAUUUGGAAGUUUCAGCUAAAUUGGCAAAACAAGGUGCAGAUGGUAUAAUUGUCCUUGAACGAAAGCAAUUACUAUCUCUUGCAACAAGAUUUUACACAUGUGCCUUAAAAUUAACACAAAACACAUUCCUUUGGUAUGAGUUGUCAAUGUGUGCCUAUUACAGUGCCAAUUAUGAACCAAACGACGAAGUCAAACAUCUUGAUCUGGCAAUUAAAGCCUGUAAGACAGCCAUAAGUCACCAGAGUGAUCGUUGGGAGAAUUGGAAUGCAUUGGGAGUAUUUAACGCUCACAAAGCUAUCAACGAUUUGCCUUUUGCUCAGCACUGUUUCAUUCAAGCUUUAAUGAUUGAUCGCAAAUCAUACACAACAUGGACAAAUCUUGGGGUACUCUAUUUAAAAUUGGGUGACAUCAAGUUGGCUAAUCAAGCAUUCCAACGAGCUCAACAAUCAAGUCCAAUCUAUCCAAAUGCCUGGAUUGGUCAAGCAAUGAUAGCUGAGCACAUUGCUGACGAAGAAGAGGCUUUAGAUCUAUUCAGACAUUGUCAGCAAUUUGAAUACCAUUUGGAAUCGACUAUUGGCUAUGCACAUUGGGUCUGUAGCAUUCUUUGUGAUCCCGAGAAGCGCAAGGAACCGAGAUUUAAACGAACAAUUGAUCUUAUGUUUGCUGGAACUGUUGCUUUGGAUGCAAUUACAUGGUAUUUUGCUGUUGAAGAAGACAAUUGCUCUCCAGAAGCACUGUCUUAUCUCGGUUUUCUAAAUGCUCAUCAUCAGCUUUAUCGCCCGGCUAUUAGAGGAUAUUUACAAGCAGUUAAAACUGCAAAUCCAGAUGCAAGAAAUAAACUCUACACAGACUUGGGUUACAUGUUUUUGAAAAACAAUCAACCAAAAGAAGCUAUUGAUGCCUUCAAUUCAGUAACAGAAGCUAGUUUCAAGCCUAUUGUUGGUCUUGCUUUGGCAUAUUUCCGGGCCGGACAGCAUCAAGAAGCCUACUCAGUUUAUAAUUCGAUAUUGAAGAGCGUAGCUGGCAGUGAAGAGGAUAAAGCGGCUAUGAUUUUGGUUGCAAUGGCUUCAAUGGUUUAUUCAUCACAAGGCGAAGCUGAUACUAAGACUAUUUUAUAUCAAUGUAUUCUCUUGAAGGAUUCACCAAUUGAAGCUCUUUAUUCGGCCUGUGCUCUUGGAAUUCUUCAUCAUGAUAAUCAACUGACUGAGACAAUUUUAUGGGAAUUGAAGAAGUAUGAACGAUCUUUGGAACAUUGUGCUCAUAUUGCAUUCCUUACAUCACAGUAUCAUCUUAAAAAUAAUCAAACGAGGAAGGGUUUAACCUAUCUCAUAGCCCGCGUCCACAUGUAUCCUCAAUGUGCCGAAUUGAGAAAGGUUUUGGCAAAUUAUUUACUUGAAAAUUACGGACAAAUGCGAAAGUAUUUCUUGGCUAUUAGUCAAAUGGCAUUGAGUGCUAUUGCUUUGGGUCACGGUAGCUCCAAAAAAAGCUCUUGUAUUGAAGAUGCAAACUCACUGAUGACAGCCAGUAAAGCAUUGAAAGCUGUUGAUAAAAAGCAUUCAAUUAAACUUAUUCAACGAGCCAUUCAUUUGUAUCCACAAAAUAAAGAUGCAUGGAAUGCUUUGGCUGUGAGUGUUAAAGGCUGAAUUUUAGUUAAGAGAAAAAAAAACGAAAUAUUUUAAUUUGUCAAUAAAAAGAAAUGUGUUUUGUAAUUUUAAUUUAACAUUCAA